GUGAAAAAUCAGAAAAGUUUGGAUUUAACUUUAAAUCUUAAAGGUGUGAUAUGAAUAUGGAAUUAUUGUAAAUGUAUGGUUUUUUUCUUCUGUACACUUUCUAAAAACAAAGGAGUUAAAUCUAAAAUCUAAAAACCUCAGGUCCAAUUCCAAGGUUCCACCUUUCACAGCUGAAAACCUUCGGUCCCCAGUCAGGCUCCGAACCUCACCAUUCAUCGGCUCUCGCAUUCAGAGGCAUCCCAAAUCUGAACGCCCCAGGAUUUUCCGUUCAUGACGCCUGAAAAUCUCCUCCACUAUCCAUUCCCCUCCCAGAAAUGCACCCUUGGUUGCCCCAUCCUUGACCGCUGUCUUAAUGGCGGCAUCCCUUGCAAUUCAAUCACCGAAAUUUUUGCCGAAAGCGGCUCCGGCAAGACACAGCUCUGCCUACAACUUUCCCUCUGCGCUCAACUCCCAGUCUCCCUAGGCGGCCUUUCUGCUUCCGCUCUCUACUUCCACACCGAAUUCUCUUUUCCCUUUCGCCGCCUCCACCAGCUCUCCCAUUGUUUCCAAUCUUUAUACUCUCAAGCUGUUAUUGAUGAGGCAAAUUGUAGUAGUAACUAUAAUAAUUAUAAUCCGUGUGACAAUAUAUAUGUACAAAGCGUACACUCUGCAGAUCAACUGCUCGAUAUAAUGCCCAAGAUAGAAUCAUUUCUGGUAAAUUCUAAAACCCAUUUCCCUGUUAGGCUGAUUGUGAUUGAUUCAGUUGCAGCGCUUUUUAGGUCUGAAUUCGAUAAUACAAGCAGCGAUCUAAGGAGGAGGUCCUUGCUCUUUUUCAAAAUAUCUGGGAAAUUGAAGGAGCUGGCGAAGAGAUUUAAUUUGGCAGUGGUGGUGACUAACCAGGUGGUGGAUUUUGUGGGAUCGGGGGAGGGCGUAAACGGGGUGAGGAUUGGAAAUUUGGCUAGCUUGUAUUCUUCUGGGAGGAGGGUUUGUCCGGCAUUGGGGUUGGCCUGGGCCAGUUGUGUGAAUUCAAGGCUUUUCUUGGCGAGGGACGAGAAUGGAAUGGUGGAUGGGGAUGAAGGUAGUUCUCCGUGUGGGCAAACAAAGAGGCGGCUUCACGUUGUCUUUGCGCCUCACUUGCCCUAUUCUUCGUGUGAAUUAGUCAUCAAGAGAGAAGGGGUUUUUGGUGUUGACAGAUAAUAGCCAGUUUUUGUGCAGGAUUAUACCUUUUCAAGGUAAUAGCUUUUUGUGAUCCUUUUCUUGGUUGAUUCCUUAUCUUCUUAUUUAUUAUUUCAUCAUAAUGGGCUGAUGUGGCUUCAUGGUAAAUUUGGAGAAUAUAUAUAUAAUUUAAGAGUUAAUUAGUAACCAUUGCAAGUGCUUGGAAAGCCUUCAGAGGUACUAGUGCUAAAGUGUUUUGGUGGAAAUUGAUCUGGGGUUAGAGUGAUACCAAGCACAAGGCACAGCUUUAUUGGCUAGCUGGCUAUUCAGUGAAAACUAGAUUGGCUAGAUGGAGAUUAGUGAGUGAUGCUUGGUGUUGCAUCUGCAAUGCUCAUGAAGAGACUGUGGAACACUUAUUCUUUGUCUCCUCUUUAUCCAGUGUGGCUUGGAAUGCCAUAUUGCAGAGAUGUGAUAUUAGUAGGCACAUUUUCAGCCGGAGAAAGGGAAGUGAGCUGGUUUUCUAAGAAGGGUAACAGUAAAGUCGAUGCUUGCCACAGUAAGCAGAGUUGCCGUUGCUGCUGCAGUUUAUUAUAUAUGGCUGGAAAGAAAUCAAGUGAUCUUUCAACAAUCUUGCGCCGACAAAUAUAUGGUGGUGCAAAAUAUUCAGCUUUGUGUCAAACUGAAGCUGAUGAGGGCGGAGGCAGCUCAAAUGCUCCUAGUACUGUUGCUGUCGGUUCUGCAGUUCGGUAGUAAGGGGAGAUCUGGUUGUUUGUAUAGAUUGGUUUAGGUUGUGUCUUUUUGUUUCUCGAGGGCGUAGCCCUGGUUGUCUGUAGUUGGUACCUAAUGGGACCUGCUCCGUGUACAGUUUGCAACUCUGAUUCUUUGGGUUCUUUGGCAAUAAGGCAAAUAUUCUUUGAA